AUGGAAGAGGGCGCGAAGGUAUGGGCCUCGGGCGGCGAGCGGCUGUGGGAGUCCGGUACAGUAAAAAAGAAGACCGCAAUAGGCGACAGCUUCGACAUUGAGGUGGCCCUAGAUGUGGGAGGGAAGCAGGUCUACACGGUGUCCGGGCGGGACGAAGACGAUAGCAAGAAUCUCAAGCUCCGGAACGUGGCUGGCCAAUCAUCGGUCAUCGAGGGACACAGCGUGGCCGAUCUUACCUCGCUCACAUACCUGCACGAGCCGGCCAUUUUGUUCUCGCUCAAGGAGAGGUACGGGAAGAACACCAUCUACACCUACACGGGACCGAUCCUGCUCGCGGUCAACCCGUUCAAGGCCGUCGAUCUGUACACGGAUAAGCUCCUCAAGGCGUACAAGGGCUUAGCGAUAAAGAUCUACUCAGCAGCUUUUUCGAUAUUUGACGACUAUGUGUCGUGGCGAGCAUUGCUUGGUCAUGUCUCCCUCUGGCUAUCUCAACAGGUGGAUGGAGAGCGUAGGUCUUACGACCCGAACUUUGUCGAGACCAAGCCUCCCCACGUGUACGCCAUCGCGGACAAGGCGUACCGCAACAUGACAACACCUGCAACGGAGUACAGCCAGCGCUCGCAGUCCAUCAUGGUCAGCGGGGAGUCCGGUGCGGGCAAGACCGAGACUUGCAAAAUCAUCAUGAAGUACCUGGCCAUUCUCGGUAACGCCGCCGGUGACGACAACAAGCUGGGCACCGUCGAAAAGAGGGUGCUCAAGUCUAACCCCAUCCUGGAGGCGUUCGGUAACGCCCGCACCGUCCGAAACGACAACUCCAGCCGCUUCGGCAAGUACAUCCAGCUUCUCUUCAGCGACAGGGGCAAGCUCGCCGGGGCCGCCAUCAAGACGUUCUUGCUGGAGAAGAUCCGUGUGGUGAAGCAGUCCAAGCUGGAGCGCAACUACCACAUCUUCUAUAUCAUGGCGGCCGGGGCGUCUCCCAAGGACCGCGAGAACUGGGAGCUACAGCCGGCCGGGAGCUACCACUACAUGAACCAGUCGGGCUGCUACGACCGCCGCGACGGGGUCAAGGACAUCGACCUCCACGUGGAGCUCCAGGAGGCGUUCUCGACCAUGGGGUUCGACAAGGCGGUGCAGAACGACUGCCUCGGAUGCGUGGCGUCUAUCCUCGCCCUCGGCAACCUCGAGUUCGAGGAAAUCCCAGGCGCUAGGGAUGACCAGCAACAGGCGCGUCUGAAACAGAGCUCCCUUGGGGCCAUGAAGACGGCGGCCCGGCUGCUGGGGGUGUCGGCCGACACCCUCGCCCACUGCCUCACCGCCAGGGAGGUGACCGCAGGCACCACCCACGUCACUAUCUUCCUAACGGGGAUUUCAACGUUCGACACCCCACCGAAUAGUUCAUUUUCCUCGGUAGAGUAUCAGGCAGAGGAAUUAGUCAAUCGCAGAACUCCCGAGCAGUCCGCGCACGCGAGAGACGCCAUGGCCAAGGCCCUCUACGCCGCCAUGUUCUCGUGGGUGGUGGCCCACACCAACAAGAGCAUCCAGGGAGAUGACGCAUCGGCGGCGGCGGCGGCGGUUGCGGACGGGGUGGGUGGGGCGGCGGUUGCGGCGGCGGGCGUGAACGGCGGGGCGGAGUUCAACACCGACAAGAUGUUUAUCGGGCUGCUGGACAUAUUCGGUUUCGAGGUGUUCGCGGAGAACUUCUAUGAGCAGUUCUUGAUCAACUACGCCAACGAGGUGCUGCAGCAGCAGUUCAACGACUUCGUCUUCCGGCAGGAACAGGAGGAGUACCGCCGCGAGCAGCUGGAGUGGACCUUCAUUCACUUCCCGGACAACGUGGACUGCAUCACCCUCAUCGAGAAGAAGCCGAACGGCAUCAUCCCCACCCUCGACGAGCAGUGCAUCAUCGGUAGGGCCACGGACGACCGCUUCGCCCGCGAGCUCUACAAGAAGAGCGAGAACAACAGCAGGUUCUUCGUUUCGCCCAAGAUGCGCGUCGACCACCUUUUCGGCAUCAAGCACUACGCCGGGGACGUGGAGUACGACACCAGGGGCAUCAUCGAGAAGAACAGGGACAACUUUCCACAGGAGGGUGUGGACUUCUUCAUUUCUUGGGAGAUCCCUUUCACCGUUUUCUUGGGCGCCAUAGAGGCCAACAAGAAUGAAGCCCCCAAGGAGAGCAUUCUUAAGUCCACGGGGCGCCGCGGAGGAGGGGGAGGCCGGAGCACCAUCGGGGCGAAGUCCCUAGGAACCCAGUUCAAGGAGAACCUGAACAACCUGCUGGGUGUCGUCAACCUGACGCACCCUCACUACGUCCGGUGCAUCAAGCCCAACGACCAGCUGAUCCCCGCAAGGUUCAACUACGUCCGCAUCGCCGAGCAGCUCAGGAACGCCGGCGUCCUCGAGGUCGUCCGCGUGGCGAGGGCCGGGUUUCCGGUCCGCCUCGGCCUGCACGAGUUCGUCGAGCGUUAUGCUCUCCUCGGCGCGCGGGUCGUCGAGGCCGCCUACCGGAGGGCGGUCCACGACGCGGAGCUGGAUCAGGAGCGCUCCGUGUGCAAGGCUCUCAUCAUGGCCAUCCAGGAAAAGCUUAAGCCUGGAUCUCCGUCUUCCGCCGGGAAUUUCCAGGAGAUCUGCCGGGAACAAGGGAUGCAGAUGGGUCUCACUAAGAUAUUCUUCCAGCAGAAGGCCUUCAACAGCAUCGAGAAGCUGCGGACCACGAUCGUCUCCAGGUCGGCGACCAUCGUCCAGACCUUCUGGCGCGGCGUGAGCUGCCGCCGCGCUUUCCUGAUCCAGAAAGGCUUGAUGGCCGCCGGAGACGGGACCCGCCGCCUGCGCGGCCUCGCCGCGUGCCGCAUCCAGCGCCUGGCCAGGCGUUACAUCUGGACGGUAACGAAGAACCGCCGAGAGGCCGCCGCUCGGGCCGAGCGGGAGGCCCAGCUGGUGGCCCAGAUGGAGGAGCUGCGGAUCAAGAUGCAGGGGGAGAUCAACGAGCUCCGGGCCGAGCUCGCAGAGGCGAAGCAGCUCGCCAAGCAGGGCCAAGCGCUGGCGAAGAGGGUGGUCGUCGUGUGCGGCGGCGCGAAGGGCGUCGGCCCGGACAUCGCCUCUCGGCUCGUCAAGGAAGGGGCCAAGGUGGCCGUGGUCGACGCCGACUCCGCUUCGGCCAAGGGCAAGGUUAAGGGUCUCGACGGAGAAGACGCCUCCGAGAGCAUGGCCAUCUACAUCGAUGCCGACCUCACGGACGAGACCAGCGUCAAGAAGGCUCUCGCUGAAACCGUCAAGACCCUCGGAGCCAUCGACGGUCUCGUGAACAUUCCGCCGCCUCCUCCGACAUGCGACUCCAAGACCAACGGACGCCUGCACGACCUCGACCUCAAGAGCUAUAAGGACAUGUUGGUCGCGGAGAUGCAGACGCCAAUGCUGUGCGCGAAGCAAGCGGCCGCGGCCAUGACGGGAGUCGGUGGCUCGGUGGUCUUCGUGGCCAAUGCCGGGGAUCGCGGGCUCACCGACGGCGCCGGCAACGUCGUGGCCAUCUCGUCGCUGACUUCGUCAGCUGCGGCCGCCGCCGGUCCCGACGGGGUCCGCGUGAACUGCGUCACCCACGCCCUGGGACAAGAGGACGACGGGCGCAUCCGCGGGGGGCACGGGACCUUCUCGCUGGCCACAAUGCGGACUCCGUCGGCGGAGGACGUGGCCAUGCAGGUGGCCCACCUCAUGUCGGACAGGGCGACCUUCGUCACCGGGCAAACGAUUGCAGCGGAUAGCGUUCGUUUCUGCUACUGA